GAGAAGAUGGUUGGCAAUGCUCAGGGUGCUGAAGAUUUUGCAUCAAGUCAUCUAGAACUUGUAGAGAAGGCUCCUCCACUUUUGUUUGUCACACUGGCACAUAUGGACGUCUUAAGUUUGGGAGCGUGUCCAUGGGCAUACAUACGAGCGGUGUCUGACUCCGUUUUGGAGGUGCGUGAUUUAGCCACCAAGGAACUGCUUCACGGAGGCCGGGUAAUGUGGAGGGAUAGGAAUGAUGUGCAAAUUUCUCCUGACUAUCUCAUGUUCCAUCCUGAUGACUCUAGCAGAGUUAUUCAUGUUAGGACCUCUGAAAUCAGAAUUCUGGCGAUUAAAGAAAAAGAAGGAAGACGAACCUUAGAGGAAGAGUUUGCCUAUCCAAAGAAAAGAAAAAUUACUAAGGAACACAACUGUACAAAACUACUGAAGGUUACUUUUUAUGAUAGUCUUUCUUAUGAUCUUCUUCAUGAAAUGGAUUUGUCUGUUAGAGUUGAGGGAGAUAUUGAAACCAACACGUUCAGUGUCACUAUGGACAGAGAUAUUUUGAAUAUAGUGUCCCACAAAGGUAGCCAACACACUGUCUUGGUGUAUCGACUCAAAGAAGUGAUGGGCAAGGAGGAAAACGAAACAAAACGAGUGAAGUUGAAGAGGAAGUCACGCAGUAAUGUUGGCAGAUACAAAGAAGAAGAGAGUGCUCUAGGCAGUGGCAUGCAAAAUGAGAGCCAAAGGCAAGCUGUAAGAAGCGUAAGGAGCACAGCCACAGGGAGACCCAGGGAGAGGCGAGGGAAUGCUAUUAAAAGAACAUUUACUACUAAUAAUUCCAGCAGUGAUAGUGACCAAGAAGAAGAUUCCGAUGAGUGGGUUCCAUAAUGUGUUUAAUAUGAAACACGUUUAACUUAGAGAGAUAGCUUUCUUAUACAUAAUUUACCCUACUGAUUGCCAAGUUGAAGGUAUUCAAGAUAGAUGAUAUAGUAUAUAAGAAAGCAAGAGGAAAAGAGGAAGAUUUAGUUGAUAACCAAAUAAUAAAUGAAACCAAAGAUAUGCGGGAAUGACAAGAAACUGAAUUUUUGUCCGUGUAGAGUUAUAACAGUAUUACAAAAAACAGAGAUAUGCGCAGAAAUGAAAAUGCAAGAAAAAGUGCAGAAAAGGAAUAUGUAUGUUUAGAGUAAAUUCUGAAAAUCAGCACCCUUGGACCAAAACCAUGGUAGCUUUUCAAAAUUUUGUUCAGUAUGCAAGUUCUUCAAGGGUGUUGACCUACUUGGUAGUUUUUAACACUGAAUUUAACACCCCACAUCAGAGCUAUAGUUAAUUUUAUUCACUUUUAAAUUAAAAAUAUUUAUGUAGUACCAUAGAGUAAAUACAGUGCAUUUAAAAUAAAAAGAAUAAUUCUCUAAGAAAAUAAAUAGCAAAAUUCAAUGACCAUAAAAGGUAAGGUAAGGUGCGAUGAUUGGUUGUUAUGAAAUGAUGUAUACGAUAAGUCCUUGACUUACCAACACACUGGGGACUCCUGAUUUGUGUAUAAUAGUCAUAAUACAGAAAGUCUUCAACUUACGAAUGCGUACAUUGGGGACCUAAUGUAUUGUGUAUAAUAAUGAUAUUAUACACAAUAAUGACAUAAUAAUGAUAUCCACAAUGCAGAAUAUUCUCAAUGUGUUUGUAAGUUGUGGACUUAUUUUUUUUUAUUAACACAUUAGCCAUUUCCCACCAAGGGAGGAUGGCCCAAAAAAGAAAAACUUGCACCAUCAUUCACUCCAUCACUUCCUUGCCAGAGGCACGCUUGCACUACAGUUAUAAAACUGCAGCAUUAACACCCCCUUCUUCCUCGUGGACGUAGUAUUGUACUGCAUAAACUAACGUAGGUGACAAUUUCUCAGGAACUAGUGCUGUUGGGAGAUUCCUCAAAUCGAUGGUCCCCCAAAUUCUUUUAUUUAUAAUUAUUGAUUUUUGCGUAGUUUACUGAUAUAUAAUAUAAGAGAACUUCAUUGAAGGAGUCUUUCAGUGUCAUGCAGUGGAGGUGUGUGUAUGGCAAGGAACUGCAAGCUGUUUUUUUUGUAUUUAUAGUACAAUAAAGCCUACAUGUAUUUUCUGCCACAGCACCAUUGCACAUUUAUGUAUAGUAGUGUAAAGCACCCUUCUGGCAAGACAGUGAUGGAGUGAAUGAUGGUGAAAGUUUUUCUUUUUCGGGCCACCCUGCCUUGGUGAGAAUUGGCCAGUGUGUUAAUAAUAAAAAAAAAAUAAAAAAAUUUUUUUUUAAUAAGUUUUGCUAUGAGUUAAGAAUGUAAAUAAGAAUAAAUAAAAUCAAUAUAAAUUUAUUUAGUGAAAGUGGGAAAAGAAUCCUGCCUCUGUAAGCCAUGUGUGUCGUAAAAGGCAACUAGAAUGAUGGAAGCGAAGGGCUAGUGACCCCUUCCCCUGUAUAAAUUACUAAAUGUAAACAAGAAGAGAACUUUAUAGUUUUCUGCCUUUGUGGUAGACAGCUGGUAUGUUAAAAAAAAAAAAAAUAUUUUUAUAUAGCCGGACUUGAGUACUGGAUAUGGGAAGUACAUGUGUACAAUGCUUGCACUUUGAAGGAAGAGUUUGGGAUAUUGGCAGUUUGGAGGGAUAUGUUAUACAUCUUUAUAUAUGCUUCUAAACUGUUGUAUCUGGGCACCUCUGCAAAGGCAGUGAUUAUGUAUGAGUGAGGUGAAAGUGUUGAAUGAUGAUGACAGUAUUUUCUUUUUUGGGGAUUUUCUCCUUUUGGGUCACCCUGCCUCGGUGGGAAAUGGCCAACUUGUUGAAAAAAAAAAAGCAUUUGACUGUUAGGAAACAGAGAUAAUUACUAUUCUGAUAGUAUGAUAUAUUGUACCAGUCUACCAUGCAGGAGGGAAACCAUCCAAGUGCAAUAUCUAACAACUUGCUGACACUGCCAUGUAUUCACUUUUACCUGAUUCCACACAUUUAUUUACUGUAAAUUAUUUUACGUAAUUACUUACAUAUUUAUAGCAUAGCCAGUGUACAUGAAUGUUUAUAAUUGAUGUGUUGUACAAAAAUUCUUAAAGCAGAUGGGAAAAUGAACUGUUGCAUAAAUUACUAAAGACUUACAAGUAUUAUAUACAUCUUUUGUACUAUACAUUCCAAGCUUAUGUAUUAGUUCCAUAAUAGCUAGUAAUAAUAAUCAACUGUUUGUCUUUGUAGUUUAUGUAAGCAAUUGUAUUGAUUGGAAAGAUAAACAUUGUAUUACAGAUGAUAUAAUGGAAUGAAACCUAAAUUCCUUGUAUGUAUAUACAGGUUUUACAUACGGUUCUGUACAUUCUCUAUGCAUUUGUAGCUUAUGUAUGCACUAUAUCAUUACUAUAUAAUAUCUGUUUUUGUAUUAAUUUGUAUGCAAGGCAAAAUAUUCAUGCAUUGCAUAAUAUGAAGAAAAAAUGUUUGUUUUGUCCACCUCACUAAGGGAAGGUAGAGAAGGGCAAUGAGUGUUCACUGGGAUUCCUUGCACUGACAUCCAGUUUCAAUAAUGUUUCUAUAAAAAUGACUGAAAAAUAAGACGUAUACAGCAACAAACAUGUAAUAAUAAUAAUAAUAAUAAUUUUUAUUUCUACAAGUACAUGUACAAGGUAUACAGACCGUAACUGACAUCAGUGACAUACUAUAUGGAAUGUACCUUGUUAUGAAGAUCAUUUCGGGCAAAUUAGGUCAAUUUUGUCCCCUGGAAGUGACUCACACCAGUCAACUAACACCCAGGUGAACAUGGACAGCAGGUGUCUUAAGGAAACACAUCCUAAUGGUUCUACCCAUACUGGGAAUUGACCCUCGAACCUUGGUGUGUGAGCUGAGUGUGCUACCAAUCGAGCUAUUAGUUAGUCCAGUGCCCCUUGAGCUGCCAAGCAUGACAUGAUGCAUUGUUACGGAAUAUCGAUUUUUUUUUAUUUCCUUUAAGGUUUAGAAGAGUUUUGCCCGAAGUAUGUUCUACUUAGUGUUUACUCUGAAAAUAAUUUUUUCGUAACUAAUGCUCGUAACUAAAAGCCAUAAAGGAAAUUGAAAAAACCCAAAAUACUUUUUUUCUUAUGACAAAUCUAAGGGAAAAAAACAUCCAGUAUUGGGCCCCUGCUUAGGCGGGAUGGGACAUACACAGAUGAUAGCCAAGAAAUGAGUGAGAUACUAAAGUCCCAAUAUGACUCAGUGUUCAGCGAUCCACUACCCACUCUAAGGGUCGACAUUCCUAAUAAAUUCUUUAUGAACGAAACCCAAAAUUUGGUCAUCCCAAAACUCUCGGAUAUUAUUCUAACUCCACAAGAUUUUGAAGAGGCAAUUAAUGACAUGCCCAUGCACUCUGCCCCAGGCCCAGACUCGUGGAACUCCGUGUUCAUCAAGAAUUGCAAGAAGUCCCUACAGACAUAGCCCCACUCCACAAAGAUGGCAGUAAAGCAAUUGCAAAGAACUACAGACCAAUAGCACUAACAUCCCAUAUCAUAAAAAUCUUUGAGAGGGUUCUAAGAAGUAAAAUAGCCAACCACCUAGAUACCCAUCAGUUACACAACCCAGGGCAACACGGGUUUAGAGCAGGUCGCUCCUGCCUGUCCCAGCUACUGGACCACUAUGACAAGGUCCUGGAUGCUGUAGAGGAUAAACAAAAUACAGAUGUAGUAUACAUAGACUUUGCAGAAGCUUUCGACAAAUGUGACCAUGGUGUAAUAGCACACAGAAUGCGGGAUAAAGGAAUAACGGGAAAAGUGGGUAGACAGAGAUGCUAGCCAUAGCUCCGUGUCUUCCUUUGCGGAUGACACCCGGAUCACCAUGGCAGUGACCUCCAUCGAAGACACUGCAAGACUCCAAGCGGACAUCAACCAAAUCUUCGAAUGGACCACUCAAAACAAUAUGAAGUUCAACGAGGAGAAAUUUCAACUACUCAGAUAUGGUAAACUUGUAGAAAUUAAAAAUGUGUCAGGGUAUACCACAAAUUCUAACCACACAAUAGAGCGGAAAAGUAAUGUGAAGGACCUGGGAGUGAUAAUCUCGGAGGAUCUUGCCUUCAAAGACCACAGCAAUGUAUCUACCUCAUCCGCUAGGAAAAUGAUAGGAUGGAUAAUGAGGACCUUCAAAACUAGGGACGCCAAGCCCAUGAUGAUUCUCUUCAAAUCGCUUGUGCUCCCUAGGCUGGAAUACUGCUGUACACUAACGGCCCCCUUCAAGGCUGGCGACAUUGCAGACCUGGAGAGUGUACAAAGAACUUUCAUGGCAUACAUAGGUGCAAUAAGGCACCUAAACUACUGGGAACAGUGAAAGGUCCUUGAUCUGUAUUCCCUUGAAUGAAAUUAAGACACGUGCAACAUCUGGGUAUAAAGAUACCCAGAUGUUGCACAUGUGUCUUAAUUUCAUCUUGUCGAUAUUGUAUACCAUUCUUGUACAAUUCCCUCGAAUGCAGGCGAGAGAGAUACAUGAUAAUAUACACUUUGGAACGUCCUGGAGGGAUUGGUACCAAACCUGCACAGGAAAGUCACUCCAUAUGAAAGCAAAAGACUCGGCAGGAGAUGCAACAUUUCCCUGAUGAAAAGCAGGGGUGCCACGAGGACACUGAGAGACAACACAAUAAGUGUCCGGGGCUCAAGACUGCUCAAUUGCCUCCCAGCAUACAUAAGGGGGAUUACCAAUAGACCCCUGGCUGUCUUCAAGAAGGCACUGGGCAGGCACCUAAAGUCAGUACCUGACCAACUGGGCUGUGGUUUGUACGUCAGCUUGCGUGUGGCCAGCAGUAACAGUCUGGUUGAUCAGACCCUGAUCCACCAUGAGGCCUGGUCUCAGACCGGGCCGCAGGGGCAUUGACCUCCGAAACCCUCUCCAGGUAAACUCCAGGUCGUGAAAAAUGCUCCUGUCUCUUUAAAUACAAUAAAUAUGAUUAAGGUAAGAGACGUAAUAGAAUAGAGAAGAUUAGUCAUGUAAAUGUAAAAGCAAUAAGAAAGAAGCAAAAGAAUCUCAGGCAGUUUUUUAAUUACCACAGAAAAGGAUGGAAUGCUGGAGAGAGAGAAAAUCUUUCAUAAGAAGAGAAAGAUUAUAGUGCAUGGCAUAACAAGCUGCCAUAGGCACCAUGAAUAGUGUAAUUCUUGCCUAGAGUCAUCCUGGCAAGGUGUUGUAAGUUCCUAGGAAUGUGAAAUAUAUUUCUGCUCUCUGGUUUGUUUCAUAAGCUCAUAGAAGGGAGUGUUUUAAGGUACGCUCAUUGUUAUACUAGUUUUAGUCAAGGGUUAAUUUAUUUUUAUUUCCAGUACAGUAUUAUAGGAAAUAGAGUUAUUGUAGUAACUCCUAUUUUAUAUUCACUCACGAGAUGUGUGAAAAAAAUUAUUACUUUAGUAUUAUGUUAUCUAGAUGGAUUAAAUAGGCUACAUUGAGGUAUGUACUGUACACGAACUAUACAGUAGAACCCUUCUAUCUGCAGGUCCAGCA